AGGUUUGGGUAGCUUUUUCCCCCCUCGGUGAAUUCUUGAUAUAAAGCUCUGAGCUGUUGUGUGCAAUGGGAGUCUGAGUCGAGGAAUUUAUCAGACAGCAGAUCACAGCUUCAGAAAUGACGACCAAGAUGGUGAUUAAGCAGCCGCAGCCGGUGCUGGAGUCUAGAGAGUCUGACGAGUGGAACUCUGGGGUCUGCGACUGCUGGGACGACAAGGCAGAGUGUUGUCUUGUGUUUUGGUGCUGCCCGUGUUUCGCCUGCACCAAGACUAAAGAAUAUGGCCAGUGUUUGUGUCUCCCCUUGCUGGACCUCUGUGGGAUCGCCUCACCUGCUACAUGGGCCAUGAGGGUGUCAAUGCGUUAUCGUUACGGCAUCAAGGGUACCCUGUGUAACGACUGUCUGAUCGCCACAUGCUGUACGCCCUGUGCAUGGUGUCAGAUGUCUCGUGAGAUGAAAUGCCGUUCAAUUCCCAUCGCCUUGAUCGAUGCCAGACCAAAGAACUGAUCCUGAUUCACCUGCGGGGAAAAACAUCUCCCGUCCUGGGCGAAGAACUAAGCGUGUGUUGUAUAAAUGUAUAUAUGUUAUAAAAUGUUCUAUUCGUUACAAUGUUGAAAUCAUUAAGACGUUAUUACUGUUGUUAAUUCAGAGUUCUGUGAGCUUUACCUACACGUAUUAUAUCUAUUUUUAGUUGUUUAAUUAAUAUUGUUGUCAAAAUAAAAUGUAUGACUUUCUUCUGUUAGUGCAGUGAGAGCUCACUGUUUCUGCUGUUUCCACGUUUUAGAACUGAAACGAAACGACUUCGUUAAGAUUAUAUGUCAAAAAUGUACACAGAAUAGACCAUAAUAUUGAAAUGGGGGGAACGAAUAUAGUGUUGCAAAGAUAUUAAUGAAUAACAAAAUCUACAAAUUGUGAUUGUGUAAGUAUUCACUCCCAUUACUGUGAAAUCCUUAAACUAGUACUAAUGGAAUCUGUUGUCAUCAGUAAGUCACGUAGUUAUCUUCAUGCACUCGAGCGUCACGUGAGAUCAAUAUAAAUACACUCAUUCCAGCCAGAACCCAUGAGAACUUACCAAACAUGUUUGUUAGAAAGUAUCACCAAACAGCAGGAAGCAUCAAGAAGACCUGACGGGUCUUCUGGAAAAGCAACCUCCAAACUUUUAACAUGCAAAUUGCCAUUAAAUAAUGAAUGAAUGAAGUGAAAGAACAUGGCACAACUGCUAUUCUGCCUAUAGGAGGCCGUCCCUGAAAGGUCAGAGCCCGGGUAAAGAAGGGGGUCAUUGGAGAAGCAAUCAAGAGGCCAAGGGUAAUGCGCGACGACAUGCUACCACAACCGUGCUUCACAGUAUACUGUAUACAUUGUAUAAAUGAUGUACGAUUAUCUUCUCGUGGUAUAAAACGAAGAGCAUCCUCACAGAUCAUCCUAAACGUUCUCUAAAACCUUUACCGGGUUAAAA